AUGUCCACUUCCCAACGGGUCACUCGGUCCCCCGGCGGCGCAGCAUCCCCAGGGGAGUCCACGAAAGCCGGAGCUCCAUACAAGUCGGCCGGCCCACCUGCCCCUGCGAAUCUUCCCACCUCCGGUAUCCCCAGGGCGCACGCGACGUCCUCCUCAGUCCCCAUGAUCGGUCAGAUCCCAUCCCUGUACGACCCCAGCAUGGCUAUCCCCCCGGAAGGGCUCGACUACCAGCAAUGGGUGGACAACUAUUCGAGUGGGCAGUACGCUACAUACGCCCAGGGGGGCCUUCCCGGUAAUGUCACCCAAGUCCCUUUCCAGCAGCCAUCGCAGCAGCAGCAAGCACAGUCCCAGCUCCAUCACAUCCAGACCACUGCCCCCAAUGCCGCUCCCACCCAAAACCGAUACAACUUCGUGCAAGAGCCGUACGCCACAGGCGAGCAGAGUGCGAGCUACGAUCCCCAGUUCGUCUCACCCGUCCCCGGCGAUCGCCCCCAGCGUGGAAUGCCUCGCAUCUCUCGUCGCGGUGGCGCCAAUGUCGGAUACGCUGCUGCACCCAACCUGAGGAUCCCAGACCCUCCGCGUGGGGCGUACCAGCAACCCCAGCAAUCCCCCCAUCGCCAACAACAAGCGUUCGGUGUCCAGGGUGCUGCGCAAGGCGGCGAGUCGUACUUCUAUUCACCUGUCAACGCGGAUGUCAUUCCGGGCGCCGGCGAUCAGCAGCAUCAUCAUUCGUCGUACAACUUCGUACAGCAGUACCAGCCCGCGGAGGCGUAUUCUGCGACGACAUACACGCCCAACUCCGACUUCACGAAUCUACCCUCUUCCGUCUCGACGCCAUCCGUCGGUGGAGGUACGGAUGAUGGACAGCUCACAUACUCGUCGGCGUCAUCCCAUGCGCCCCAGCGCCCCUCGGCCCAGCAGGCGCAGUCGUCAUCCUCCCGGAACUCUUCCGGUGCCGCCGCGCGGGGAACCGGACGACGCGGCAAGCCCGCCGCCAAGCGUCAGCGAGAGGAGAUCCAGGACGGCGAUGAUAGCGACACGCAGUCCGACGACGAGCAACCUCCGACGUUGAGCGGACUUAACAUGACAGUAAACGUGCCGCCACCGCAAGGUCAAAACUCGCUUCCGGGUCGGCUGUAA